AUGCGAGGCCCGAACUACGUCAUGAGGGUGUUUAUGUGGGAAUGCGGUAUUCGCAUAAUGGCGAAAUCUGCCACUCGAUCUGCCGUUUGCACAUUCUCACGUAAGCACUCAACCAACCGACCCAUGAAGGUUAAUCCCUUGAAGUCUGUGAGCGACAGGGUAGAUAGAAUGAUUAGAAAGGUCUUGAAUGCUUCCGAUGGUGUGAAACAAGAUGAGCUUACGGGGAUCGCCAAAGGUGUAUUGCGUGAAUCCUUACCUUUGAACGAAGAAUUGCGUCUACUGAGCAAAUUAGGGGACAUAGUCAUUUUGAACAAGACCUUCAUAUCGGAUUAUGUGGCUAAGUUAGAGGCGCGCAUUAAUAUGGCGUCCAAUUCUAAAAAAGAGGCUGACCGUAGUGCCGCCGAUCGUAACGAUAGUAGCUACAUUAAUAUUCGCACAUUACAGCAGAUCAGUAGAUUUCUAAUAUCUCAAAACGCAACAUCUAGUGUUGUUUGUACGUUUAUUGAGAAUUGGAUAAAAAAUAACAGCUACUAUCUGGUACCUGACCACAUGGUAUCCUUCAACGCCUUGCUGGCGUGUCUAAGUCACUCGGGUCAUCAUACUCAGCUUGUCCCGGAAGAUUUCGAUGUUGUUGGUGAAUGUUGUAACGAUAUAAAGCCGGAGCAUUUGGUUGAUACCCUGUAUUUGCUUGGCAAGGUCGGCAUUAGGAAUGACGCUCUGAUAACCUCCGUUGGAAGAGUGCUUCAUAACGAAAUCGCAAAGGGGGUUCUUUCACCGUAUCACAAGACCAAGCUGGUUCGAGCGUAUGCUUUGCUUAAGCAUGAGCAUAUAACAUUUUUCACUCACAUCGCAGAGGAAGUACGUAUACUACUUGAGGGGAGGGACACUGGCAAGUACCUCGUGGUUGGUCCCUCCACCGGGAAGCGUUACAUAGAAGGUAUAGGAUCAGACGAGGGGUACAGUGCUAGUGGCGUAAUUUGUAAAGUUUUGACUUACUUUAACACUGCAGUUGAAGGUUCAUGCGAAGCUGCGGAUGUUGAGCAUGUUCCGUUCACUGGGUCUAAUCAACAACUUUACAGCGACGGCCAGAUCAUUUAUAUUUUGGAUUCCAUGCUUUAUUUGAAUCUACAUCAUUUAGAACCGUACUGUAGAAGCCUGUUAAGUAGCGCUGUAAAGCAUUGCUACUCGCUAUCAUCCAUUGAUACCUUUGAUGUCGAACAGCUGCGAAGUGCUAUCACAGUUUUGGCACAAAGUAAGAAUACUGUGGAUGACAGUGUUUUGGAGUGUAUAUCUCGACGUUUCAUAAAGGCGUACGUGGAUGGGAAGGCCACCAACGGUCAAUUGGCGCUAUUUUUGAAGGACCUUGUGAAACAAACGCGCAAGGUCGUUAAAACAAGGAACAGACGCGGUCGUGUAUGUUACGCUGCAACUUUCCCUGGUCCGCGUUAUUUGGAAAAACCGCUUUCAGAAUUUGAAGGUGUCACUGGUCACGCACAGCCAUCGAUGUUGGAAUCUUGUUGUACGGCUAUAUGUGAGAAUGUCUACAGUUUUGAUCUUCUAGAUCUCACAUCAUGUAUUCGUUCGGUUGCUUAUUUGGGUUUCCGUAAUGAAAACUUCUACAUGGCAUUUGUUCCCUACUUCAAGGAACGUAUCGGUUCUCUGACUCACGUUGGCAUAGCUAAUUUGACUCAGGCUCUGACCAAGGUAAACGUGAGGGAGGAGCACUUGUUUUACCUGAUGGGUCGCCAGCAUCAGCUGUACCUUCAAGGCGAAGACAAAGCACAUAAACUCUACGUCAAGCGUAUCGGCUGA